AUGGCUGACGUGGCGGCCAAAGGCACUUCUGAUGACCAGGAAAGGUGUCUCCAGUCUACUUGCUCCCUUUCCUUUCCCGGCGAGAUGCCUGUGAGCACUGAGGACAGCAGGGGACUUCCUGUCUGCAGCUGCAGCCCUCCCCUCAGCAGAGUGCGCGGGGAGGUCCGUGCUCAUCAUGUGCUUUUCGUGAGCGAUGAGCUUUGUAGCUGUCACCUGUGUGCUCUGGAAGGGAAGGCACGAGAUCUGGGAUCGCAGCUCCUGUCCUCAUCAGCUUCCUGGGAGAAGAACAUUUUGAAAACAAAUAGUAAAGCACUGUUAAGUGUCAAUGGGAAAACACAAGCCCCUCCGGACUGGGAUAAUAGUACUGACAGGGGUGGGGAGCGAGGCUGUGCUUACUGGAGCGGCCCGCAGGAAAGGGAGCCUAGAGCCGCAGCUCAGAGCACCCUGGGCCUGACUCCCUUCUGCCGGGCUCCCAAGGCAGUGGAACAGAAAGUCACAGCUGAGUUCCUGCUGACAUUCUUGCUGUGCUGUGGGGAGAGUACCGCAGGCACCUCUUCUGCAGCGGCCCCCUGUGCUUCCUCCUGUGUCGGGGGACUGCUGUGUUCCACGGGGGACAUGGCCGAGGAGCUGCUUCCUGAGACUGUCACAAUGGGAACCCCCACCAGAGUGGCCAGAUCCACUCAGACCAGUGCCCAGCCAGCACCCCUCUGGCUGAUUUCCCUGUUCCCCACUUUUCCCAGAAGCUCCCACAACCUCCCACCUGGCACCCCCCACACCUCCAGCCUCCCCAUGGCCCAGCCUGGAAUGAAGAGGCUCUGUCCCCUCACUCAUUGUCCUCCUGGGGCCAUCCCAGUGCGAGGUCCUGAUGAUGCUGUGAACAUUGUCAUCCAUCACUUCCCAGAAACAGAUGCUCAGGCACGUCCAAAUCUGGGAUUUCGUGUUCACUUGGCUUCUGGAGCAGCUCUUUGUCUGGUGAUGGAUUUCGGGGACAGUUCUGGGGUUGAAAUGAGAAUCCGCAACCUGUCUGAUGCAACGGUGGUGACUGCCUACCACCAGUAUGGAAAAGAAGGCAUCUACAUGCUCAAGGCUGUUAUUUACAAUGAGUUUCACGGAUCUGAAGUGGAGCUUGGGCCUUAUUAUGUGGAAAUCAGCCAGGAGGCUGUGUCUGUGUUCAUGAAUUCCAGCAGUGUCCACAAGGAUGAAGUUCUUGUCUUCACUGGCUCCUACAUGAAUCAGGAAAGCACUGUUGUUAUGCACCAUUUUCCAUCCAUUUCUUCGUAUAAUGUGUCCUUUAUUUCUCAAACCCAAGUGGGUGACAGCCAGGCAUGGCCCAUCAUGACUGUUUGGUAUAAGAUGCAACCUAUCUCUGUCUACACAAAUGGAACUGUGUUUGCCACAGACACAGACAUAGCAUUUGAAGCUGUUACCAAAGAAACAACACCGCUGGAGUUUGUGUGGAAUUUUGGAGACGAUCCACCACUGAGGACCACUUCAAGAAGCGUUAAAAAAAGAUUCAGCAUCCCGCACUGGUAUCGUGUGACAGUCACGGCUUCCAACAGGAUCAGCAGUGUGGUCUCUGAGCCCCACCUCAUCAGGGUACAAAAGAAAAUCGUGGCCAACCGGCUCAUGUCCACCUCCUCAGCUCUGGUAAACUCCAGUGUGACCUUUGAGUGCAGAAUCAACUUCGGCACUGAUGUUGCUUACCUGUGGAACUUUGGGGAUGGCACUGUCCGCCUGGGGAACAGCUCCACCAGUCACGUCUACAGGAGGGAAGGAGAGUUCACAGUGGAGGUCCUGGCGUCCAACAGUGUCAGCGCCGCGGCCCUGAGCAAGCAGCUUUUCAUCGUGCGUGAGCCCUGCCAGCCGCCCCUGCUGCAGAACACGGGGCCUGGGAUGGUCCAGAUAUGGAGGUCUCAGCCCCUGAGACUGGGAGUGACCCUUGAAGCUGCUGUCCUCUGUGACAUUUCCCGAGGCCUUUCUUACACCUGGAGCUUGAUGGGCCCUGAUGGGUCCCCCGUCCCCCUCCCUGCUUCUGUUGACACCCACAGACAGACCCUUGUGCUCCCGAGCUACACGCUGGAGUCCAGUAACUACACCGCCCUUGCCAAGGUGCAGAUCAAAGGCAGCGUGGUGCAUAGUACCUACCACGUGGGUGUGGACGUGCGAGCCAGGGCCCCCGUCAGCGUGAUCUCCGAGGGUACACACCUGUUCAUCCCCAGGACGACUGUGUCCCCCAUCAUCCUCACGGGCUCCCAGUCUUUUGACCCCGAUAAUGCCGGGGCCACUUUCAGGUACCACUGGGAAUGCUCUGCUGCCAGCUCACCUGGGCGUCCCUGCUUUGACGACUCUGCACCACACCAACUGGAUGCCGGGGCUCCCACCAUUUCCUUCCCAGCGCAGUGGCUCAGUGACAGCUAUGACCAGUUCCUUGUGACGCUGAUGGUCUCCAGUGGUGGCCGGAACUCAUCUGAGGCCCAGGUGUUCCUGUCCACUCGCUCUGACCCAGCCUUCAGAUUCAUCCACAUCUCCUGGGUGAACUUUAAAGGCAUCUUUGUCAACUGGAAUGAGGAACUUUCUCUUCAAGCUGUGUGUGAAGACUGCGGAGAAACACCAAAUCUCUCUUAUUCCUGGGAUCUCUUUUUAGUCAAUGCAACAGAAAAGGACAGGAUAGAAGCUCCCUUCUGCAGAGCGCUGGAACUGCUGAGCUCGUCGGGGCUCUGGGCUGCUUGGAAGUCAGCACCAUCAGACCCGCCGUCCACUGAGCUGCAGCCGGGACACCCCGGAGUGAUGACCGCAACUUUGUCACAGGGGCUUUCCCCCCACACCCUUGGCCAGCCUGCCCCUUCAGCCACAGGGAGCACCUCCAUGGUGUCCAUGGUGGGUGUCCACCAGACUCCUGCUGCUGGCGACUCUGCAGUCCUGGGGGAGGCACACACGGAAGGACCACCAGAGCCAGAGCUGGGGCUUUGGAGCGAGGGAUCCCUGAUGACUGGCUUCUCUGAGAGCAGCUGGCCCCCACACGACCCCUCCCCUCCCCUCUCUGAUUUUGAAGCCUAUUAUAGUGAUAUCCAAGAGGCAGUACCAGCCAAAGGAAGACAGCCAGGGAACAGCACCAGCCUUCCAGGAUCAGAACCAGGUGCAAGAGCCGAGGAGAGCCCUGGCGACGGGGAUAACCUGCUGGGCCCCUUCCUCUCGGCAGGCAGAGCCGUGCCUACCCUCCUGAUUGACUGGCCCAAGGCCCUGGUCAGCCGAGCCGUCUUCCAAGGCUAUACCUCGUCAGGAAUCACAGAACGGGCUGUGACAAUAAAGCCUUACUCACUGAGCAGCGGAGAGACAUAUGUCCUGCAAGCGUCUGUGGCUUCGAAGCAUAGCUUACUAGGUAAAGCUCAGCUGUACUUGAAAGUCACCCAAGCUCCACAGGACAUGGCCUGCCAGGUGCAGCCCCACCGUGGUGUGGAGGCGCACACCAUCUUCAGUGUCUUCUGCAUGUCAGGAAAACCGGACUUUCAUUAUGAAUUUAGUUACUGGACAGGAAAUGCCUCCAAACACACCUUGUACCAGGGGAGAGAUGCCCAGUACUAUUUUGCGUUGCCAGCUGGUGAGCCCUUGGACGGUUACAGAGUCAUGGUUUCCAUUGAGAUCACCAAUGGUGAGGGCUCCAAGGUCCAGCCGUGCACUGUGGAGGUGACCGUCCUGCCACGUUACCACGGGAGUGACUGCCUGGAUGAGGAACUAUAUAAUUCCAGCCUGAAAAACCUGUCUACCCUCCAGCUGAUUGGGAGUUACAUGGAAGUCCGGAAUUAUAUCACCAUGAUGACCAGGAUACUGAGUCGUCUGGCUGAGGAGGACAGAAGUGCCUCGUGCGGCCAAUGGUCUCGAAUGCAGGAUGCAUUAAUUUCUUCAGUAUGCAAAUUAGCUUUUGCUGAUCAGGAAGAAAUGGUUGAUUCUGUUCUUAUGUUGAAGGACCUCAUACGUUUCCCUAAUAAGUUGAGCUUCGUGAGUGCAGUCCUCAUCCUCAAGUACGCCCGGACGCUCCUGGCUCAAGGUCAGUUCUUGGGGAGCUUUGUGGUUGACAGAAGACUGAGGCUUGAGCUCACUUGUCUCAUAUCCGGAGUCUGGGAAGCCUCUGAGCAAGAAAAAUCGAGAAAUGAGGACUAUCUACAAGAACAAGGAAUUAAGCUCAUCUCAGAUUCACUGCUGGGCUGUCUCUCCUUGAGCCAUGAGCGUCAGCUCCACGUUAGCACUGAGUGGAUGGAGAUCUGGAUCCUUCUUCACCACAACCAUCAGAACUCCAUGCAGACCCUGGGCCCCAUCCAGGUGCAUUUACCUGGUGACGUCGCCGGGCACAGUACUGCUGGGGUGGAAAUGCAGAGCCCAUGCUUCAUUAGCCAGCUCAUACUCUUCAGGAGGAAUCCAUACCCCAGGGGACGUGUCCACGGGCAGGUUGGUGGAGUUGUUGGCCUCACCCUCUACAACUGCUCUAGCCGAAGGCCCAUCAACAGACAGCGGCUAAGGAGACCCGUGACUGUCGAGUUUGGGGAGGAAGACAGCCCAGAUAAUAGGAGAAAUGAAACGACGUUUGUAUUGCUUCGGGAUAAAGUAAAUUUCCAUCAGUUCAUUGAGCUUUCUGAAAACCCCCGGGAAUCUCUACAGAUACGAAUCGAAUUUACUAAGCCCUUUGCAAGAGCAUUUCCCAUCAUGCUGCUAGUAAGAUUCUCAGAGAAACCCACUCCCUCUGAUUUUCUGGUGAAACAGAUCUGCUUCUGGGAUGAGCACAUUGUACAAAUGUAUGUUCCUGCUGUUUCACAGAAAGAUGCCAAAGUGGGAUAUUUAUCCUUAUUAGAUGCCGACUAUGACAGAAAACCUUCAAACAAGUACUUAGCUAAGGCAGUGAACUAUACAGUACAGUUCCAGUGGAUCCGAUGUCUGUUUUGGGAUAAGCAAGAGUGGAAGUCUGAAAGUUUCUCUCCACAGCCAGGAACGUCUCCAGAAAAAAUUAAUUGCAGCUAUGAUCGCCUCGCGACCUUCUCUGUGCUGAGAAGAGAGCUGAAUGCCAGUUUUGAAGUGAGCGACAUUUCCCAGUUUCAAAGUCACCCACAAAACCUGCUUCCCGGUAUUUUUAUUGUGUUUUUUAUGAUUCUUUAUGGAUUCUUGGCUAUGAAAAGUAAACGUAUAGAUCAUCAUGAAAAAAAGAAAACUGGUUACAUUUUUCUGGAAGAAGACCCCCCGGCUGACCACCAGCUGUACGCGGUCGUCAUUGACACAGGCUUCCGGGCCCUGGCCCAGUUGUCCUCAAAGGUUUACAUUGUUUUAUGUGGUGAAAAUGGACUUUCAGAAACCAAAGAACUCCACUGUCCAGAGAAGCCCCUGUUUGAAAGGAAUUCCAGACACACUUUUAUCCUGAGUGCUCCUGACCAGCUGGGCCCGCUCCGCAAGAUCCGCGUCUGGCACGACAGCCGUGGGCCUUCCCCGGGCUGGUUCCUCAGCCACGUGAUGGUCAAGGAGUUGCGCACGGGACAGGGCUGGUUCUUCCCUGCCCAGUGCUGGCUGGCUGCAGGCCGGCAGGAUGGCCGUGUGGAGCGAGAGCUCACCUGUCUGCGCCGGGGGCUCGGCUUCUGGAAGCUUUUCUAUUCUAAGUUCACGGAGUACCUGGAGGAUUUCCACGUCUGGCUCUCGGUGUACAGCCGGCCCUCCCCCAGCGGCUACCUGCUCACACAGCGCCUUGCCCUGUCCUUCUCCCUGCUGUGUGUCUACGCGUGUCUCGCCGCUGCAGUCACUGCUGGAACACCAGAGCAGCUUCCGCUGGAUGUUGGCCCCACCAACGUCACUCCUGGAUCUUUUGGGGUGGGUCUACUGUGUACCCUCCUGGCCUCUCCGGGGGCGCAGCUCCUGUCCCUGCUCUUCCGGCUCAGCAAGGACACCUUGGGGCCUUCCGGAGCUGAGCCACGCUGCCCCUUGUGUGGAGCACAGAUAACCCAGGGCCCUAACUCCCAUAGAAGGAUACCAGAUGCACGGGAGCCACGCAAGCAGCCUGCAUCAGCCAUUCUCUCUGGGACUGACAGGGCCCGGAGGAAGGCAUCGAGCAGUGAUAACAUAGCCGGUCCACCCCCUGAACUGGGGAUGCGUGGGGCUGACCACAAGGAGGAAAAGAACCACUGCUGCCCUACCCGUCUACAAGCUCCCAGUGGUGUUUUUGAAGGUCUCAUGUCCUGGUGGCUACAGGCUUGUCUGCGUUGGUCAGGCUCUGCAGCGUGGGCCCUUUGUGGAAUGACUUCCCUGGCUGGUGGUUUGGGGACAGGAGUUCUAGGCUACAGGUUUGGCCCGGCGCAGUGUGUGCAGUGGCUGCACCUGCUAUUCCUCUCUGUGCUCUGCUGUGUCCUUGUCACCCAGCCACUCAUGAUCUGCCUCACAGCGCUGGGUUUUGCUUGGAAAAGAAGAGAUGACAGCCACUUCUUUGUUGAGUCUUUAUGUGCCGCAACCAGGAAUCUGGACCCUGAGCUGGAAGAACGUUCCAGGGCCCAUGGUCCCCCCUCCUCAAGCUGCCACCUUCCUGACUGGGCAGUUGACGCUGAAAAAGUCUUGGCUGCCCGACAACGAGCGCGCCACUUGCGCUGGGCACGCCCGCCGUCCACAGCCCUGCUCCGGGUCACCGGGGAGAGGAUGAGGAGGGAGCGCCGCACACGGGCAGCCCUGAGAGACAUCACCACGUACACCCUCAUGCUGCUCCUGCUUUUGUUCAUGAUAUAUGGGAAAUUCUCCCAGGAUGAACAUUCUCUCAAUCAAGCUAUCCGGAAGGAAUUUAUAAGAAAUGCCAGAAACCCCCUAGGUGGCCUGAGAAGCACCGAUGACUGGUGGCAGUGGAGCCUGACCACGCUGCUGGAUGGCCUGUACCCGCAGGGCUCCUCGAUGGCUCAGCCUGGAGCUCUUGGAGGAAAAUGCUACCUAAUAGGCAGUGCAGUAAUCAAGCAGCUAAAAGUCUCUCCUGGCAGUUCAUGCAAGCCUCCCAGGCCAUUUUCAGCGUCCAUCGAAGACCCUCUUUCCACACGUAGCCCCGAAGUUGGAGGCCCUGAGAACCCCUACAUGAUAGACACAGAGAACCAAAACAUGACCCCGAGUGGUCUAGGGGGCUGCAGGGCAAGGGGAGAUUGUGUGCUUAGCCUGGGCAGAACAAGGACCGAAGCCCACAUGGCCUUGACCGGCCUCAGGGCCAGCAAGUGGAUUGACUGCAGCACCAGGGCCGUGUCUGUGCACUUCAGCCUCUAUAACGCUCCCACCCGCCUCUUCACGAGCGUGUCCUUGAGUGUGGAGAUUGUCCCCACGGGGGGUCUCGUCCCCUCGUCUCUGGUGGAGUCAUUCAGCAUCUUCCGCAGCCACGCAGCCUGGCGGUACCACCUCGUCCUUCCCGAGCUGGUCCUCCUGGUGCUCAGCCUGCUUCACCUGUGUUUUCAGCUCUACCAGAUGAUCGAGAAGGGUGUGCUGAGCUAUUGGCGAAAACCGAGAAAUUGGCUGGAGCUGUCGGUGGCUGGAGUGAGCCUCGCCCACCACGCAGCCUCCGGCCACCUGGCCACUCUUGCUGUGGAUGUUGUCGACCAGUUCCACAGAGGACUGUCUCAUGUGUUUAUGGACCUCAGCCUUAUGGCAUCAUGGAAUCAGAGGGUGCGCUGGCUCCAGGGGAUCCUCUCAUCCCUCUUGGUGUUAAAGUGCCUUUACCUUCUUGGCAUUCAGAAAGCAAUGGCAUCCUGCGCGGCCGUGGUGUGUCGCUCACUCUGCAGGGUCUUUGCACCAGCGCUGGCGGGGGCCCUGAUGCUGGCCGCCCACUACCACCUGUGCUGGUUGAUGCUCUGCACCCAGGCUCGGCCAUCUGGCUCCUUGGCUGGUUCCUGCCCUGUGCUGCUGUUUCGUUUUCUGGGAAGAAGCCACCAAGACUCAUUCCUCAGCCUUUCCAAGUCUGACCAGCAGGCCACGACAUGCUACUGUGGAGCCCUCUUUUUAGUAAUGGCCACGCUGUAUUUUCAGAUGCUGAGAGGUUCCCUCAUGACUUUUCCCCGAAGAAGAAAACUUUUUCACAGUAAAUCCCUUGUGAGACUUAAAGAUGUCAGGGCUUACAUGUGGGGGAAGGUCCUCGCUUUUCUGGGACAGGAAACGCCAUGGUUGGAGGAGGCUGAGGUGGUGGAGAAUCACAAAUACUACCUGGAUGAAUUUGCAAACCUGUUAGAUGAACUUCUGAUGAAGAUUAAUGGUUUGUCUGACAGCUUACAACUCCCUCUUCUAGAAAAACAAUCCAGCAGUAUAGGGGAGGCAAGAGCAGAAGACCCUCCCUUGGUGGGCACUUCUGGUUACCAGGCUACUGAGAACUGA